GCGUUUACAGCCGGGUGAAAGCUUGUGAUUAAAAAUGAUCUUCAGCUUAACUCGAGGACUUUGUUGCUCUCUUUGACUUUGUGGCAAACUUAAAUACGUGCCUUGGAUUUGUUUUUUGGCAGAAUGCAGACACAAAUUGUGGGUGUGUGUUUGGGAAUCAUCGGCUUUUUUGGCACCAUCCUUAUCUGCGGAUUGCCCAUGUGGAAGGUGACGGCCUUCGUUGGGGCAAACAUCAUCACCUCUCAGGUCUUCUGGGAAGGUUUAUGGAUGAAUUGUGUCAUCCAGAGCACGGGUCAAUCUCAGUGUAAGGCCUACGACUCCGUUCUGGCUUUACCACAAGACCUGCAGGCUUCCAGGGCUCUGAUCUGCGUCUCCAUCGCUGUCUGCGUGGUGGCGAUCGGGCUCACUGUGGUUGGGGCCCGCUGCACCAACUUCUAUGAUGAUGACAGGCGGAACAAAGCUAAUAUCGGCGUGGCUGGAGGUGUGGUGUUUAUUAUAGCAGGCCUCCUGUGUGUUAUUCCUGUCAGCUUGUCGGCGCACAGCAUCAUCACAGGUUUCUACAAUCCUCUGCCCACCUCGGGGAGGAGGGGGGAGCUCGGGGCCUCCAUAUAUGUGGGCUGGGCGUCUGGAGCUCUGCUCAUCAUUGGAGGAGGGGUGCUGUGUAGCACUGACAGAUGCUGAGGACCAGGAGAAGAGAGAAACGGAGAGUACGGGGCGCCUUUCGUCAAAUACUGUAGUUGAAUAUGUGCAGUAAUCUGUUUACUGUAAUGGACUUUAGAGUUAUUCAACCUUAGUCAAAUGCAAUAAUGACAGUUUAUCUCUAAUCUGUGUAAAUUAUUAAAGUGUGUAGCAAAUGUGGAGUGAAAAGUGAAUGGCAUGACCAGGGAAUGCAACUUUUAUGGUUGUUUUUAAAGUAAAGGAUGAACAAAUUAAGUUAAGUUGAGCCAAUAAUUGUAUAAUGUGAUAUUAUAGGAUGUUAACUGUAAAAAUAUGUUUGAUACAGAGAUCUGAGUUAAUGUAAUCAUUUUUUAUUUGUGAAGAACACUAUAGACGAUGCAAGAGUCAUCCGUUAGAAAUAUGAUGAAACAUCUUGAUAAAAGUUAUUUUUUACUCUUUGUUGUUGUUGUGAAAUUAGUUGAAUUGUACAUGGAAAAAACUAAACAAUUCUCUGGUAGACUUUUUCUAAUCUUGUCCCCUAGUAUUGAGUAAUUGAACAAUGUGUUUGGCAUGCUUUGCCAACAUGCUUUGUAUGUUUUUAUGUUAACAAACCAUUAAAUUCACUUUGUAUAUUUAAAAACUUCUGCAUUAUUGUCUCUAACAUUAUUAAAACAACUGAAAAAUGUUUUCAAGCUCAAAAAAGUUUAGAUACACAUGAUGCAAGAAAAGAGAAGUAAUUGUAACCUCGAGGAUAUCCUGUUCUCUUUAUCAGCCAUUUCAGUUUGAAAGCCUGAAGAACUUGCUAUGUUUGUAGU